UUGAAAAUGGAUGCUGGAUGAACAAUAUGCCUAACCAAAUAAUGCUAAUUUUAUCGUAAUUCCAGACUUUAAUUUUUAAUUUUAAGUUCUCUCCCACUGACUCAAUCAUGAAUACUAAUAUUGAUUAUGACGAAUAUUUAGAUGAUGACAUUAUUUUCUAUUCUAUCUUGUAUUCCAGUGUAACUGUUCUGUUUGCCAUGGCAGUUCUGUCAAAAUUUUUGACAAAUGAAUUUCGAUUUGGAUUUAGAUCUGUAUUAAGUUUAGCUGUGCUGUUUUUAGGAGAACCCUUAUGUCAGUUCUUCAUUAAGGGACCUAGCGGUGUGUUUGCAUUUGCAAUGUGUUGUCUUGUUAUCUACUCUAUCUUGCCUGCCAGUCAUCUUCCAGUAGGAAAUAAAGCUGUACUCGUUACAGGAUGUGACAGUGGCUUUGGUAACAGUUUAGUAAAGAAAUUAGACAGCAUUGGCAUGAGAGUGUUUGCCACAUGUCUCAGUUUAAAUAGUCCUGGUGCUGUGUCCUUACAGUUAGCUUGUUCAGGAAGGGUUCAUUUGUUACAACUGGAUGUAACAUCACAGAAGGACAUUGAAACAACAGUAGAAUAUGUCAAGCAGCAUACAGGAGGAGAAGGUUUAUGGGGACUGGUCAACAACGCUGGUGUAUGGUACUAUUCUGAAUUAGAAACAACAUCUGAGACAAUAUUCCGUAAAGUUUUAGAAAUAAAUUUGUUUGGUGCUAUCAGACUUACAAAAGCCUUGCUGCCACUUAUACGCAAAUCAAAAGGACGAAUUGUUAAUGUUUCCAGCUUAAUGGGACGUUUAACAAUGGAAGGCAAUGGUGCUUACAGUAUGUCCAAACAUGCAUUACUGGCUUUCUCAGAUACACUUAGACAAGAAAUGAAAAAGUGGGGAGUACAUGUAUCAAUAAUAGAACCAACAGGAUUUUAUACAGAAAAUAUGAAAGAGCAUGUGAUAAAUAGUAGAAAAGCAGAAUUAUGGGAUACAAUGGACGAAGAAACAAAAAUUACGUAUGGACAGAAAUAUUUUGACAGUAUAUACGAUAGCAUCAUUGAAGGUUCUAAUCGUUAUCCAGAUGAUCUGACCUGUGUAAUAAGAGCCAUGAGAAGUGGACUGUUGUCCAAGCGGCCAAGAAAUCGUUACCCCUGUGGAACAGGAGCCGAUUUCAUCAUGAUGCUUUAUCCAUUACUGCCAGUGUGGGUGGCAGAUAAAUUAAUUUCACUUAUUAGUAUAAUGCCAAAAGAUGUUAGACCUGCUGGUCUGGAUUAAAUUAUGUUAAAUUUUAAUAUUAUUGUUAUAAUUCUGAUACUAAAGCUGGAAUAGAUUUUGUUAUUUCUAAUAGUCCAUUUUGGGCCCUUUUUUUAGCCUUUCUGGUCCCCUAAAAUUUAAAUUCAAAUUUUGUUAAAGAUUCAAAAGAUUAAGUUAUUUUCUAAAUUUGUCAAGGUUUGAUUCCUGUGAUGAUGAAAGAAAAAGAUAUGAUAUGUUUAUUUCAUAAGGGGGAAAAGGGGACCAUCUAAAAAAAAUCUAUAUCCACCAAGGACCAUACUUUGACAAAAAAUGGCUAUAUUUUACCUUUAUACAUAACUUUUUAAGUGGAGGGAUACCCAACUAAGUAAACAUUGUCUGAAUCUGUGCAUGCCCACCAUGGACAGGGAAUUUUAAAAUCCACCUAACCUAUAGUGUAAGUACAAUGUAUGUGUGUCAUAAAGUGUAAAACUGUUAUAUUUUAGUGAAAAAUUGUUGUUGAAGAAUUUUGGAAAAUAAAGUGAAAUUUUAUUUCUAAAACUGAAUAUUUUUCAGUUGAUUGUUUUAAUUAACUAUUUAGCUGCAGACAACACCAUUUAAUCCCAUAACUGUCAAUGUAUUGUAAAAAAAGCUUUUGAAAAAAACAAAAUAUCUUUGUAAAGCAUGAAUUUAGAAUUUGAUUGUGUCUGAUUGGUUGACUGAAAUCUGACAGGAGUACAUUAAAAUACCAAUCAAAAUCCAAUCUAAACCAUAUCAUAAAUCAUAGUAAAAAUUCCAAAAAAAACAGGUAUUGAGAACAAAAAUAUCAUGAUGUUUUAAAAUAUUAAAAAACUGCUGUUGAUCAUUCGUCCAUUAUUAAUUAAUUUGAAAUUAAAUGUUUAUUGAUCAUCAAUGUAAAGUACCUAAUCUAAAUUUUAACAAAUAAUCAUGAACUUAUAUAGGGUGGAAUGUUAUUUAUUUGAUAUUCAGCAGUCGAUCUGCAUAACAUGUGUUCAUUAGAUAGAAAAAAAUAAUAUUCAAAAUUCUUAAAAACUUGUUAAUACAUGUAUCAAAUACUGUACUAUAUCAUGUAUUUGAUUUUGAAAUUCAUAGAGAUAAUGAAUGCUUUUUAUGAGGUGCAUAAAUUGAAUGAUUUAGGAAGCUCAAGACAUAAUCAUAAUAUUUUUGUUAAUCUUUUUAUUCAGAAUCUGACAGCACUGCUUAAUCAUCAUAAUUAUU